UUUUUCCCCUCUCUUCCUCUUCUUUUUCUUCCUACAGGAGCAGCACCCACCCGCCAGCUCUGGAGGCGGAGGCAGAGGCGAUGAGGGUGUUGGCGAUGGUGGGGGCGGGGGAGAGGAGGCGGCGGCGGUGGCGGAUCGGCCGGAGUGGGUGCAGCGCCAACCCCAUCCUCGCACUCUCUGGCCUUCGCCGUACCCGCCUCGCGCGGCUUCGCGGCACCCCGCGCCUCGCCCCAACACCGCUCCGCCGCCUUUUCCCUCGCCUCGAGUCCCUCAACGCCUCCUCCUUCCCCCUCCCAAGCCUCCUCCCCCGCCCCACCGCGCUCCCGCGAACCCUCGCUCUCCUCGACCUCCGCGCCUCCACCAUUGAUGGCUCUGUCCCCUCCUCCCUCGCCUGCUCCGGCGGCCGCGAUGACGACUCGUGGGUGGCGGCGGCGACGACCCGUGGGUGGCGGCGCGCGGGGACCCGGCGCGGGUGUUCCUCGCCGGGGACAGCGCCGGGG